CCCAUCGGUGCCGCACAUGCUUGCUCCAUCGCACGCGGUCCUGCCUCCCCCUUCCCGCGCUAUAAUAAUCGCCCGAGCCGCAUCUCCGUCUCCUCGCCCCCGCGGCACAACUGAAGCGAGUGUCGCUAGCUACCACCACUAAACGAUCGACCGACCUCGCCAUCACCAUGAUGGGCGCCACCGGAGCGACGCGCUCAUCGGCGCCGCUGCUCCUGCCCUGCCUCCUCCUCGUCCUCGCCGCCGCCGCCGCGCUCGCCUCGGCCGAGAAGGCCACCGCGCCGCUCGUGCUCCCGUCGGCGGGGGCGAGGGCGGGCUCGUCAUCGCGCGAGCACCACCCGUGCCUGGACAAUCCGCCGGACAUGACGGCCACGGGAACGUUCGCGGGCUUCGUCGCCGACGACUUCCACGGCCUCAGGGCGUACCUCACCAGCUUCCGACGCACCGACCGCGCCGUCAUCCUCGCCUCCGACUACUACGGGUUUCAAGCACCGAAACUGAGGAAAAUAGCAGAUCAAGUUGCAGCUCUUGGGUAUUACGUUGUGGUUCCCGAUUUGUUGCAUGGCGAUCCUUACAAGGAAGGGGUUUCAUUCUCGGAAUGGCUCAAAACACACUCCCCGGCCGAUGCAGCUGAAAAAGUCAAGCCGCUCAUUGCUGCUUUGAAGAAGAAAUGGAAGACGAUUGGAGUAGGCAGUUAUUGCUGGGGUGCUAAGGUGGCCGUGGAACUAGCAAAAACUGAUGAAAUCCAGGCGGUUGUCAUUUCGCAUCCUGCACUAGUGACUGUUGAUGACAUGAAGGAGAUCAAAUGCCCCAUUGAGGUUCUCGGAGGUGAACUUGAUGCCCUUUCUCCACCAAAGCUAGUACACCAGUUUGAGCGUGCCUUGGAGCAAAACAAAGCUAUUGACCACUUCGUGAAGAUCUUCCCGAGGGUACCCCAUGGUUUCGCUUGCAGGUACAACUCCAGCGAUCCGUUCUCCGUGAAGACCGCGGAAGAAGCCCGCAAGGACAUGAUCAGCUGGUUCGGCAAACAUCUGAAGCACUGAGACAGAGAGCUUCCAGCUGCAUGCAGGGAUCUAGGAACACGUCUCCAGUAGUAGCAUCAGCUGAAUAAGUAGCUCCGCGCUCCACGGCCUCAUGUAUUAGGAAGUAGACGCAGUCGCUCCGCCUGAAUAACCCGCACGUCAGUGCAGCACUCUCUGGCCUCGGUCAUGUACUGUACUGAUGUAGCACUGUUGUGAGCUCAAUGGGCAGUUUUGUUGUCCUAGAGGGCAAAGCUAAUUUGAGAUAUCAAUUGUUAGGGUCCUGGGUGGAUAAACUGAGGUAAAUUGGGGUAGAUAGACCUAGGAAGGAGAGUUUGGGAAGAAGCAGAUGGGCUACAGAACUUGAUUUUUUUUUUAGACGACAAAUUGAUACAUACAUAUAGGUUGUAUAUAGCUCCUUUACACUUCACAAAAAAAAGUGUGAGAGAGAGAGACAAAGCCGAAUACAACAAAGUGACAAAAAGUUUCCGUUGCCGGGACUCGAACCCGGGUCUCUCGGGUGAGAGCCGAGUAUCCUAA